UUUAUGUCUCAACUUUCAGGUCCAGUAGCAGAUUUGCAAGGGGCAGCUCCUUUUACCGUGGAGUUACAAAGUACUCAAAUUCUCUUUCUUUCUUACACACACAUACAUCCACUAAUAUUUUAAUCUCUGAAAUAGGCAAAGCAAAUAUGGACGAUGGUUAGCGGUCAAGGGCAAAAAGAAAGGACGAUUGAUCUUAGGAACUUUUGGUAAUUGACAUGCAUACUUGUCUUUAUAUAUUAUUCUAACUAAAAUGGGUUCAUUCAAUAAUCUAUCUAAACAUUAACAGAUACCCAAGAGGAAGCAGCAAUGGCAUUUGACAUUGCAUCAAUAAAGCUGAAAGGUUUUGACGCCAUGACAAACUUCGACUUAAAACUGUAUGAUGUCAAGGGAAUUCUGGCAGGCAAUAAUGUGCAGGUUGAUUUAAAAAUAGCAAAGCUACUUAAGGAGGCAACCGCACUUGGGCCUUCAAAUAAUAAGGGAGGAAGCAGCUCGGAUGAACUCAGUGGAGGAGACAAGAAAGAGAGUCUUUUAAUAGAAGAAGAUGAGAUUGGCUCUCAAAUGGUCUCAGGCUUGAGAGCUAUACAUGAUAACAGUCCCUUCAAGGAAAUGCUCCCCUUGAAGGCCUCAACGGCCUUGAAUGAACCCUCAACCUCAAACUUUCAUCUUGCAACUAAUGUUUUUCAAUGCAAACCUGCAAAUGCUGAUGAGUCCUGCAUCAUGCAGAAUGGGACAGUUGCAAGGCUGAGCUAUAGUUUACAGUUCCCCGAUACCGACUCCAUUGGAGAACAGAAGGCAAGGGCACAAGGCACCGGAUUUCGACAUUCAACCUCAAGUUGCUUUAAGCCCUACUCCAAAAGACAAAACUAGUUUGAACCUCAAUAUAAACUGAUUUUAUGGUUUUCACUUUGACUAUUAUGCACCCUUUUAGUUGCUGUAAGCUCAGAAAUUUCAUUCCAGCAGAUUCUCUAGUCAUUUAUAGGUCUUGGUGGUGGAAUUCACAGGGCUUGAACUCAAGAUGACUUGCAUGAUAAUGCUACUUGAUUUAGUCCUAAGUUUAACUUUUCUGGAAUUCACAGGGCUUGAACUCAAGAUGACUUAAAUGAUAAUGCUGCUUG